AAUAUAACCCAAUCUUACACGGUACAUGUGUUGUGUGCCAGCAGUGAGAGGAAAGAGACUACCCAAAACCAGUUUUUAUCGUUAUUUUUACCAAAUGUUUACGAGUUUUGAAUAAGGUUUCGGCGGCCUUUAGGCCCGAGUAGCAUGCUAACCCACUAACGCUAGCUUAAAUAGGGAAUCAUUUUAGUGCUGUAGCUUUCACGUUAGCUUCCAAAUCCGAGCUGCUCCUACUAGCUAACGAUAGCGGCUUGGUGUUUCCACUAAGGCUCGCUCAAUUGCUUUCAUAUUGGAUUUAACCUUUGGGUGAACUAUUCGAGUAUAUCAAACGAAUGCACUUGCUUAUAUCCCUUAGUUGUGAACAAUGUCUGAACAAGAGUUGGAUGAUAUUGUGCAGAUAACAGUUGAAGACUUUAGCCACGAUGACCACACAGAAAUGCUAGACAAUCAUGAAGACAACGACGACAAGCCUCACAAGAAAAAGAGGAAAUUGAGCAACAGCCAGGAGAGUAACACUAGUAACCAAGACAUAUCUUUUAUUAAGAACCUAUUGGUCUCAUUCACUGCAUCAAUCAACCAACGACUAGAGGGAAUUGAGUCAAAGUUACAGGCUCUGGAUACAACAUGCAAAGCCCUUGGACGCAAACUGGACAGCUUGAUGCCCUGUGCAAAGAGUCCUAUUCAGGUCCCUAUGAUCGCAGGGUCUCCUCAGGGGGCCACUCAGACUUGGAACAAAGUGCGAUGUGUUGUUCCUCAAACAAAUGUGAUAGUGAGCAGUGAAAACCCAAAGGGCACUAGCCAAGAAGACACCCCACUGGAGAACCUGCUCAGCAACACGGUGGCCAGGAGGCGGCAGAACACAAUCUUAGUAAAGGUUCCAGGUCACGAAGAGAGCCAGGAUGAUCAAGACAGUGGCUCAGAGGCCAGUGACUCUGUUUCAAAUGGGGGAAGUUCCAGCAACACGCCAAAUGUCACAUUCAUCACACUGAAUUCAGAAGAGGAUUACCCAGCAGGCACCUGGUUGGGAGAUGAAAACAACCCUGAGAUGCGAGUCCGUUGCCCGGUGUCUCCAGCUGACAUGAUCCACAUCACCUCAAACUGCCGCACGCCAGAGAAAAUGGCCCUGACGCUGUUGGACUACUUGUUCCAUCGGGAGAUUCAAGCAAUGUCAAACCUCUCAGGCCAGGGCAAACACGGCAAGAAGCAGCUGGACCCACUCAUGAUCUUUGGCAUUCGCUGCCACUUGUUCCAUAAAUUUGGCAUCUCUGAGUCAGACUGGUACCGCAUCAAGCAAAGCAUCGACUCGAAGUGUCGCACUGCCUGGAGACGUAAACAGCGGGGUCAGAGUCUGGCUGUCAAGAGCUUCUCUAAACGCACACCUCGCUCUACAUCUUCAGAGGGAGGCCUCACAGAAGAAACGGGCCACAUUGAGACCGCUACCCAGCAAACUUUGCACUACACGCUCGCCAACCAGCAGGUCCAGUUUCACCGUAUUGGUGAGGAUGGACAAGUUCAGGUGAUUCCACAGGGUCAGCUGCACAUUGCCCAGGUGCCACAAGGAGAGGAGGUGCAGAUCACACAGGACAGUGAGGGAAACCUUCAGAUCCACCAGGUUCAUGUUGGUCAGGAUGGACAGGUGCUGCGUGGUGCUCAGCUCAUAGCUGUGGCAUCAGCUGAUGGAGGGGCUACAGCAGUUGAGGGCUCCCCACUCCCUCCUGACAUCCAAGUGCAAUACGUCCAACUAGCACCUGUCGCUGACCAUACAGCCACGGUACAGGCUGCUGAGCUGACCCCGGCCCUGCAGGCGGACAUGGAGGUGAAAGAGGCAAUCCAGGGUGCCAUCCAGGGAGAGAACGGGGAGGUGGUGCAAAUUGUCACAUCUGUGGCCACCUGAGAACUCUGUCUUGUUCAACAUAGUCCAGCUCCCUUUUUGACAGCAUCUCCCAACCAAUCUUGAUGAAAUAUCAAGAGAUCAAACUGCUCACAGUCUGAAAAGCUAUCAAGUAAAGGAACAACGUUUUAACAAACAUCUGAUGAAACACAGGGAAGAAGCAUUUCCUAUUUUUUUUUUGUUUUCCCCAACAAACUGUUCAACUUGUUGCCAACCAGAUGUCCCCAUGUGGAAAUGUUCUGAGAACUUGAAAAGAUCCUGAUAGGCUAAAAUCAGCUGUGGUCUCUCUGUUGUUUUCAUCACCAGGAGGACCUGACUCUCUGCAGAACACGCAGUGGGAUUACAAUGUGUUUAGGGAGGAUGCUGCUUAUGCAGACCAUCAGCCUGCCACUUCAUCAGCAGAGAUGCUUGUUUACAUCAGCCUUGGAAAACAGUGAAGUUAUUUGGAGUUAAGAUCCUUGGCUAACCCCCUGAAAAACCACAUGAGGGUCUUUAAAGCCCCCGAAUCCCACCUCAAACAUUACUAUGCUCCUUUUCCUGUCACUCUUGUCACGAUGAACUGCAACAGAAAGCAGUUUUAGCUGAGCAUAGCUACCCUUGCUUUUGUUUCAUUUGGUUCCUUGUCACUCUCCAUGAUUCAGUCCAUACUAUGUCUCCAGGCUGUGGUUGCUGCCUUCCUUACUUCCCUCAGCUUGUUUUUAUGUUGCUUGUUCCGCACAGCUUUUUUUGUUUGUUUGAUUUAUGUAAUUGUAUCAUAGCAAAAUAUUUGAAGGGCUUUAAUUUUGGAGGUAGAAGACCAUAAAAAUAGAAGACAUGGUGCCAGUGGUAGACAGCACAAGUGGCUUGGAGAAUACCAGGGAAACCCUGAAGUUGUUUAUUUCCCCCUGUUUUUUGUCUGUUGGAGAUACAUUCAUGUGAAUAAAACAUGUUUGUGGUUGCAAUAAAAGUGAGUUUUUACUUUUUUUUUUUUUUGCUUUUCCGCUACAUUUCUAACAGCUGUGGCUACCAAGAUGGCUUCAAAGAUUUCCAAGACAUGACUUCUCUUUCAUCCAUUACAAAAUAGACGAUUGAAGGCUGAUUUGGUUUUUGAGGUCUUGUCUUAUGUCAAGCUUAUUUGUUUAUUUUUUCUCAAGUAAAUAUAUAUCAUGUCAACUUUACUUACCAACAGAUUACUGUAAUGUUAGCAGUACUGCCACCAAAACAAAACAGAACCCUUUUUUACUGGUACUCUAAAAGGUUUUGCCCAGAAUGUUGUCAUUAAUUGGGUGCUCUAGCCAUGAAAGUUUAUUUUUAUCUGUAAUGAUAAUUGUUCAAGUGCACUCUGCUCGCUGUAUGUUCAUGCAUAUAUUUUUGGAGUAAAUGCAAAAGGAAUGUGUAUUUUGUGAGGUUGAUGAUCAACUAAUGAUGAAUUUCUCUGCAGCUGACAAUAAAAGAGAUCAGCGAGACAC